AUGGGUGCCUGGCCGUUGUCCCUCGCCAGUGCAACGUUCUCUGCCGCUGUUGUGGUUGCCGCGCUGCUGCCGCCGUUGUGCGCCGUGGCGCGCGCACCGGCUCGGGCAGCUACCCCGGGGGGGAGCGGCUGCACCACCCACUGCGGCAACAUCAGCAUCCCGUAUCCGUUCGGGGUGGAGCCCGGCUGCUACCACGAGAGCGGCUUCAACCUCACCUGCAACCAGUCCUACAGCCCGCCUCAGCUCUUCCUCGGCGACGGAACCGUUCAGGUGCUCGACAUCGAUCUGCCCAACGCCACGGUGCGUAUCAACGGAAACUCAUUGGAUAUCCCCUAUGGCGACAUUGGAAACAUAAGCCGCCGCACAUGGCGCGCCGGCGGCCUAGGAUACGCUGCCGACGGGCCAUACUUUGUAGCCGGAGCAGGGCGGAACAACUUGGUAGCACUCGGGUGCAACGUCCAAGUCAUCCUCUUGGGAGAGAACGACACCCUUGUCAGCUCUUGCUCUCCUUUCUGCCCGGACGGAAAUAACAAAGAUGAUACGGAUACCUGCUCCGGCAUCGUCUGCUGCCAGGCAACCAUACUGGAGGGCCGCGCUUCCUAUGGACUCCAGGUCCAACAGGUUGGUUUUGGUUCUUAUAGAUACUACUCGGCCGGUGUGUUAAUUGUGGAAUCGGACUAUUUCUUUCACUCGACGGACAAUUCUUACGAGUACACAGCCCCCGCCAUGCUGACCUGGGCGAUCAACAGCUCGAUAUGUGAUACCAGGGGGUUGUCACCUGCCUGCCGCAGUAAUCACAGCUUCUGUCUUAACUACACCACAGAUUUUGAUCAAGGUCCUGAGAAUGGUGAUCCUGUUGAUCAACGGCAUAACUGCAGGUGCGGUCGUGGUUUCCAAGGCAAUCCAUACAUCUCCCAUGGCUGCUAUGAUAUCGACGAAUGCGAUUAUCCAGACAUCUAUCCAUGUUACGGCAAUUGCAGAAACACACACGGAGGAUAUGACUGUCAGUGCCCUCCUGGCUUCAAGGGUAAUGCUUCUAAACCAAAUGGAUGUGAAGAUAUCGACGAAUGCGAUUAUCCAGACAUCUAUCCAUGUUACGGCAAUUGCAGAAACACACACGGAGGAUAUGACUGUCAGUGCCCUCCUGGCUUCAAGGGUAAUGCUUCUAAACCAAAUGGAUGUGAAGACAUUGACGAAUGUAAACACAAGGAAACAUAUCCAUGUUAUGGAAUCUGCAUCAAUUUGCCCGGGACAUUCCAUUGUCGGUGUCAAGAUGGUGCCUAUGGAGAUCCAUUUAUGAAAUUGGGAUGCGUCAGCGUCAGAACAAAAAGGCCAUUUACAGGUUUGGGCAUAGGUCUUGUGGCUAGUGGCAGCUCAAUCAUUUUACUUUUAGUGCUCGCCGCCCCGUUUAUUGCACGCAAAAUGAAGUUAAAUAGGGCAAACAGACUGAAAAGAAGAUUGUUCAAGCAAAAUCAUGGGUUGCUAUUGCAACAACUAAUAUCCCAGAAAACAGAUUUUGGUGAAAGGAUGAUCAUUCCUUUGUUGGAUCUAGAGAAGGCCACAAACAAUUUUGACAGAACACGUGAGGCCGGCGGCGGAGGCCACGGUGUUGUGUAUAAAGGAAUUUUAGACCUACAGGUUGUCGCCAUCAAGAAAUCCAAGAUCGUCGUACAGAGAGAAAUCGAUGACUUCAUAAACGAGGUUGCAAUUCUUUCUCAAAUCAACCAUAGAAAUGUCGUGAAGCUAAUUGGAUGUUGUCUUGAGACAGAAGUGCCAUUACUAGUUUAUGAGUUCAUUUCAAAUGGUACUCUUGAUUACCAUCUUCAUGUGGAAGGCCCAAUGUCACUGUCAUGGGAUGAUCGAACAAGGAUUGCGCUUGAAGUUGCUAGAGCUCUUUCUUAUCUCCAUUCUGCUGCUUCGAUGCCAAUUUAUCACAGGGAUAUUAAAUCAUCUAACAUACUUCUUGAUGAUAAUUUGACAGCAAAGGUAUCAGAUUUUGGAGCUUCGAGAUACAUCCCAAUCGACCAAACCGGGGUGACUACAGCCGUGCAAGGAACAAUAGGCUACUUAGACCCCAUGUACUAUUAUACCGGUCGCCUAACAGACAAGAGUGAUGUUUUCAGUUUUGGUGUUCUGCUUGUAGAAUUCCUAACUAGAAAAAAACCAUGCCUCUACCGUAGUGGUGGCAACGAUGGUGUUGGCCUCGUUUCACAUUUUGUUUCACUACUCGCAGAAGGCAACCUUGAUGAGAUAAUAGAUCCUCAACUCAUAGAAGAGGAAAAUGGGGAAGUCCAGGAGGUAGCUACGCUAGCAGCGAUGUGCAUUAAAUUGAAGGGAGAAGAGCGGCCUACAAUGAGCGAAGCCGAGAUGAAACUUGAAAUUUUGAGAGUUAAUAUGCGUGUGGCACUUGAUACUGCUGCAUCAAGGAGAUAUGACAGGGGUCAAACUGAGUUUCUAUACAUGCCGACAGAAGCAGUUGUUGUGGAAGCAAGCAGGCAAUACACUAUGGAGGAAGAAAUAUUGUCUUCUGCAAGUUAUCCUCGAUGA